AUGUCCAGAUCCGGGGACAGGACCUCCACCUUCGACCCCAGCCACAGCGACAACUUGCUGCACGGCCUCAACCUGCUGUGGAGGAAGCAGCUGUUUUGCGACGUGACCCUCACCGCCCAGGGCCAGCAGUUUCACUGCCACAAGGCCGUUCUGGCCUCUUGCUCGCAAUACUUCCGAUCCCUUUUCUCCAGUCACCCCCCUCUCGGGGGAGGGGUCGGUGGCCAGGACGGCCUGGGGCCCCCCAAGGACCCACAGCAGCAGCAGCAGCAGCAACAGCAGCAGCAGCAGCAACAGCAGCAACAGCAGCAGCAGCAGCAGCAACAGCAGCAACAGCAGCAGGAGGAGCCGGGGACUCCUUCCUCCUCCCCCGACGACAAGCUGCUGGCCAGCCCACGGGCCAUCAACAAUCUGGUGCUUCAAGGCUGUUCGUCCAUCGGACUACGCCUGGUGCUGGAGUACCUGUACACGGCCAAUGUGACCCUCUCUCUGGACACCGUGGAGGAGGUGCUUUCGGUCAGCAAAAUCCUGCACAUUCCCCAGGUCACCAAGCUGUGCGUGCAGUUCCUCAACGACCAGAUCUCGGUCCAGAACUACAAGCAGGUGUGCAAGAUCGCCGCGCUGCACGGCCUGGAGGAAACCAAGAAGCUGGCCAACAAGUACCUGGUGGAGGACGUGCUGCUGCUCAACUUUGAGGAGAUGCGCGCCCUGCUGGACUCGCUGCCGCCCCCCGUGGAGUCGGAGCUGGCGCUUUUCCAGAUGUCCGUGCUUUGGCUGGAGCACGACCGGGAGACCCGCAUGCAGUACGCGCCCGACCUCAUGAAGCGCCUCCGCUUCGCCCUCAUCCCAGCCCCAGAGCUGGUGGAGCGGGUCCAGUCAGUGGAUUUCAUGCGCACCGACCCGGUCUGCCAAAAGCUGCUGCUGGACGCCAUGAACUACCACCUGAUGCCCUUCAGGCAGCAUUGCAGGCAGAGCCUGGCCAGCAGAAUUCGCUCCAACAAGAAAAUGCUGUUAUUGGUUGGAGGACUGCCUCCUGGACCGGACCGGCUUCCCAGUAACUUGGUUCAGUACUAUGACGAUGAAAAGAAGACAUGGAAAAUACUGACAAUUAUGCCCUAUAACAGUGCCCAUCACUGUGUGGUAGAAGUGGAAAACUUCUUGUUCGUGUUGGGAGGAGAAGACCAAUGGAAUCCCAAUGGAAAACACAGUACAAACUUUGUCAGCCGAUACGACCCGAGAUUUAACAGCUGGAUCCAGCUCCCACCCAUGCAAGAAAGGAGAGCCAGUUUCUACGCGUGUCGCCUGGAUAAACACUUAUAUGUUAUUGGUGGGAGAAACGAAACCGGAUACUUGUCCAGCGUGGAAUGCUAUAACUUAGAAACCAAUGAAUGGCGUUAUGUUUCCUCUUUACCCCAACCCCUGGCAGCUCAUGCAGGAGCCGUGCACAAUGGGAAAAUAUACAUUUCAGGGGGUGUUCACAAUGGAGAGUAUGUCCCAUGGCUGUACUGCUAUGACCCUGUUAUGGAUGUCUGGGCCCGAAAACAAGAUAUGAACACAAAACGAGCAAUCCACACUUUGGCUGUAAUGAAUGAUCGGCUAUAUGCAAUUGGAGGAAAUCAUUUGAAAGGUUUCUCCCAUCUUGAUGUCAUGCUGGUGGAAUGCUAUGAUCCCAAGGGUGACCAGUGGAAUAUUCUGCAAACUCCCAUUUUGGAAGGCCGAAGUGGCCCUGGUUGUGCCGUCCUUGAUGACAGUAUUUAUCUUGUAGGAGGCUACAGCUGGAGUAUGGGAGCCUACAAGUCAUCGACCAUUUGCUAUUGCCCUGAGAAAGGAACCUGGACAGAGUUAGAAGGAGAUGUAGCCGAACCACUCGCAGGCCCUGCUUGUGCCACAGUCAUCCUACCAGCCUGUGUACCAUACAACAAAUAA